AUGUCGGCCUUGGACACCUGCGCGCUCGGCGCAUACCUGGUGAUUGCGACGCCACGGCCCCUGCAGAGCGACAGGUCGCUGCUCGAGGAGCUCGAGGCAUCGCUCGGCGUGUGGGAGUUCGCGCUGCUCGCGUCCGUCGCGCUCCAGAUGUCCCUCUGCGCCGCGACUUGGCGCGUGUAUAAGGAGCUCAGAUCGACCGGCCUCUACCCUCCAGGCAGCAACCUCGCGGCAGUGGGCAGGAUGCGCGAGGUGCCCUUCAUGGAGGUGAUGUGCGAGACGGAGGACAUGGAGCUCAUCACCGAGUGCAUCUCCCCUUACGGCGACAUGCUGGCGCCCGUGCUGCCCGUCCGCGGCGAGCCGCCGCUCUCCCCGAGCCCCAAGGCGCCGCUCAUGGAGUGCGGCGGCCCCGCCACGCCGUCCACCGCGCUGGCGGACGCGGCGGGCGGCUGCGCACGAGAGGGGCCUCUCGCCGGAGGGACCCCCGGUGUGGGCUCGCAGGGGGGGCCCCGCUAA